AUGAUUAGGUCUGCCCCAGCUGGAGCCCCUGCACCAGAAGGAGGGAGUCAAGCUCCUCCCAACCUCACUAGCAACCGUCGCCUGCAACAGACACAAGCACAGGUGGACGAGGUGGUGGAUAUUAUGCGUGUAAAUGUGGAUAAGGUCCUGGAACGUGAUCAGAAGCUGUCCGAACUGGACGACAGGGCUGAUGCUCUGCAGGCUGGAGCCUCUCAGUUUGAGACCAGUGCUGCAAAACUCAAGAAUAAAUACUGGUGGAAGAAUGCUAAGAUGAUGAUUAUCCUGGGUGUGAUAUGCGUGAUUGUGCUCAUUGUCAUUAUUGGUAAGAAUUCUUUGUAUCUUUAUAAUUAA